AUGGUUCGCGAAACAGAGUACUAUGAUCUUCUUGAGGUUCCCCCAACAGCGUCUGAGUCCGAGUUGAAGAAGGCCUAUCGCAAAAAGGCUCUCAGGCUGCACCCCGACAAGGGAGGAGAUCCCGAGUUGUUCAAAGAAGUGACACACGCCUAUGAAAUUCUCUCCGAUCCCGAUAAAAGGCAAAUUUAUGAUGCUAGAGGAAAAGCUGGUUUGUCAGAGCAAGGCGGAAUGGGAGGAAUGGAUCCUCAGGAUCUCUUCAGUCAACUGUUUGGUGGUGGCGGUGGCGGUUUCUUCGGGGGAGGAGGCGGAGGCAGAUCUCAAGGUCCUCGCAAGACAAAGGAUCUCGUCCAUCGCGUUAACGUCACUCUCGAAGAUCUGUACAAAGGAAAGACAACCAAACUCGCUUUGACAAGGAACGUGAUCUGCAGCAAAUGUAAAGGAAAGGGUGGCAAGGAAGGCGCUGUGCGGACCUGCCACACAUGUAGUGGACGUGGUAUCAAGGUCACUCUCCGGCAGAUGGGUCCCAUGAUUCAACAAAUCCAGUCACCUUGCGACGAAUGUUCGGGCACAGGAGAAAUUAUCAAUGCCAAAGAUCGGUGUACAAAUUGCAAAGGGAAGAAGGUUCUACCCGAAAAGAAGUUCCUUGAGGUUCACAUCGACAAGGGCAUGAAAGGAGGCCAGACUAUUCAAUUCCGUGGGGAAAGUGACCAGUCACCGAACGCAGAGCCAGGGGACGUUGUGAUUGUGAUAGAGGAGAAACCUCACGAGCGCUUCCGCCGUCAAGAAAAUGAUCUCGUUAUUGAAGUCGAGGUUGACCUUUUGACUGCCCUUGCAGGAGGACAAUUUGCCAUCAAGCAUCUUGAUGAUCGUGCUCUCCUCGUUAACAUCGAACCCGGAGAGGUGAUCAAGAAUGAUGAGCUCAAAGUCAUCCAUGGUCAAGGCAUGCCCUCCCAACGACACCACGAACCCGGCGACCUAUACGUCAAGCUAUCUGUCAAAUUCCCAGACUCCAUUGACCUUGCUGCCAUUCCCCUCCUUGAAAAAGCUCUUCCUCCCCGAAAGCCUGUGGAGAAGUUCGACAAAAACAUCCUCAUCGAAGAAGUUUCUUUGGACGAGACGGAUACGAAGGCGGCACGUGGUGCGAUGCACGACGAUGCGAUGGAUGAAGACCACGAGGAGCCCCGCGUACAAUGCGCUAACCAGUAG